UGCUUACUAAACCGUCAAAAAGAGGAAGAGAAUCGGAAACAUAAUGAAGAAACCAGUCGAAGAGCCAAAGAACUCAAAGUCCAGCAGAGAGCCGAAAAAGAAGCAUUAGCCAAGGAAAGGA